AUGGGCUUGCUGCUGAUGGAUCACCGCAGAGAUGCAGAGGAUAACCACGAACGCAACAAAGCCAUUUUGGAAAUGUUACAUAUUAAUAAAGUGUCUGCUAGCCACCAGGCUAAGCCCCAUCCCUACAUGAGGGGGAUCUAUCAGCGUUUUGACUCACUGGAGGCUCAGGACUUUGGGAGUUCAGAUGGAACGCUGGUGCAGAGUUUUCGGAGUGUUGCUGCUCCACCUCACACUCCUCCAGGAUGGAUCUGGUUCAAUGUCAGCAGCCUGAACCCCUCCAUGCUAGGUGCAGAGCUGGUUCUGUUCAGGAAAACCCUGCACCCCCGUCCCAUCAGUGUGACUGUCACCCUGCACAGUGUCACAGCCUCACAGGGAGCUCUGAAGGAAAGUCCUGCCCUCGAGGAGAGACUUCUGACCCUGGACCAGCGCUCCUCAUCUGGAUAUGAUGUGUUUGAUGUGUCAGCUGUUCUGCGUGUGAGGCCUCUGGAGGUGGUGGGCUUUCAGCUGCGUUAUACAGAUGAGAGUGGGAGUUUGGUCCUUCAUGAAGCUCUAACACAGAGUCUUUACUGUCUGAACAGAGGCUCCCUGAGUGAACCCUUACUGGUGCUUUACCAAUCACACCCCCUCCUCAUCUAA